UAUAUAUAGUCUGUAACUGCUACAACGGCCGCAGGAAUUGGCUCGCCCUCAUUAGAAGCCUUCCAUCCCUCCUCUCCUCUCCUUGCCUCUCCUCCCCACACAUCACGACGCUUUCUGAGAGCCCCCAGAUCGAGUUGCUUCGAUCGUCUCUUACCUCUCUCUUUCUCUGUCUCUCGAUUUCUGCCGGUCAUUGUUCUUUGCCGUCGUCGUAGCGCUGUCGGAGAAUGGGCGAGGAGAUUCGCUCGGUCCAACUCAUCGAUGGGGACGGCGAGUUCAACUUCCCCGGGGUGGAGCAUUUCAUGAAGGCCACUAAGCUCGCCGAGUGUGGCCUCUCCUAUGCCGUUGUCUCCAUCAUGGGACCCCAAAGCAGCGGGAAAAGCACUUUACUUAACCGUCUCUUUCAAACUGACUUCAGGGAAAUGGAUGCUUUACGUGGAAGGAGUCAAACUACUAAAGGUAUCUGGUUAGCGAAGUGUGUUGGCAUAGAUCCUUGCACAGUUGUUAUGGAUUUGGAGGGUACAGAUGGAAGGGAAAGAGGAGAGGAUGAUACUGCUUUUGAGAAGCAAAGUGCACUUUUUGCACUGGCAAUAUCAGACAUUGUUUUGAUAAAUAUGUGGUGCCAUGAUAUUGGCCGGGAGCAAGCUGCUAACAAGCCAUUGUUAAAAACAGUAUUUCAGGUCAUGAUGCGUUUGUUCAGUCCUCGCAAGACCACAUUACUCUUUGUUAUCCGUGACAAGACAAAGACGCCAUUGGAACAUCUAGAGCCAGUUCUGAGGGAAGAUAUACAGAAGAUAUGGGAUUCUGUUUCUAGGCCUGAUGCUCAAAAGGACACCACACUCAGUGAAUUCUUUAAUUUGGAGGUGACAGCAUUAUCUAGUUAUGAAGAGAAGGAAGUACAAUUUGAGAAUCAGGUUGCAGAACUUAAGCAGCGGUUUGUCCAUUCAAUUGCCCCAGGAGGACUUGCAGGUGACAGAAGAGGUGUUGUUCCUGCUUCAGGAUUUUCCUUUAGUGCACAACAGAUUUGGAAAGUUAUAAGAGAAAAUAAGGAUCUUGACCUUCCUGCUCAUAAGGUAAUGGUUGCUACAGUUCGUUGUGAAGAGAUUGCGAAUGAGAAGCUCAGCCAUUUAACUUCUGAUGAGAGAUGGUUAGAGCUGGAAGAGGCUGUUCAGUCUGGUCCUGUUUCUGGCUUUGGGAAAAAACUUGGAUCUAUUCUUGAUGCUUAUAUGUCAGAGUAUGACAUGGAAGCAAUCUACUUUGACGAAGGUGUUAGGACUGCAAAAAGGAAGCAAUUAGAAUCUAAAGCUUUGCAUCUUGUGCAUCCUACUUACCAAGCAUUACUGGGACAUUUACGUACAAAAUUUCUGGAAAAAUUUAAAAAUGAUAUGGAAGAUGCACUAAAGAGUAGGAAAGGUUUUGCAUCAUCUGUUCGUGAAUGUAGCCAGACUUCCAUAUUGGAAUUUGAUCAAGGAUGUGCAGAUGCUGCAUUAAGUCAGGCUGACUGGGAUGCUUCCAGAGUUCGAGAGAAGCUUUCUCGUGAUAUUGAUGCUCAUGCACAUUCUGUUCAGAAUGCAAAAAUGUCUGAAUUGACUAGGCGUUAUGAGGCAAAGCUAACAGAAUCACUUGCUGAACCUGUGGAGUGUUUAUUUGAAGCUGCUGGGAAGGAUACUUGGGCAUCAAUAAGAAAUCUUUAUAAGCAUGAGGCUGAGAAUGCCCUCUCUGAAUUCUCAUCUUCCCUUUCUGGAUUUGAACUGGACAAAGUUGCUUUUGAUGAAAAGAUCAUGAAUCUAAAGGAAUUUGCAAGAAGUGUAGUGGAAAAGAAAGCUAGAGAAGAAGCUGGCAAGGUUUUGAUUAGAAUGAAGGAUAGGUUCUCAGCAGUGUUUAGCCAAGACAAGGACUCCAUGCCUAGAGUCUGGACAGGAAAGGAAGAUGUGCGGAAGAUCACAAAGAAUGCCCGUGCUGAAGCUUUGAAACUUUUGUCUGUUAUGGCUGCUAUACGUUUGGAUGAAAAUCCAGACAAGAUUGAGUCCAGUCUUUUAUCAACACUUAUGGAUGCUCCAAUUGCACAAGAAAUGAAGCCUGUAACAUCAACAGAUCCACUUGCCUCAAGCACAUGGGAAGAGGUUUCUCCAUCAAACACAUUGAUCACUCCUGUGCAAUGCAAAUCUUUAUGGAGACAAUUUAAGACAGAGACUGAAUAUUCUGUCACACAAGCAAUAUCUGCACAGGAAGCACAUAAACGUGGUAACAGUGUGUUACCUCCUCCAUGGGCAAUACUUGCAAUUGCAAUCCUUGGUUUCAAUGAAUUGAUGGUGCUUUUGAGGAAUCCUUUGUACCUGCUGGUGAUUUUUGUUGUUUUCCUACUGUUCAAAGCUCUAUGGGUGCAGCUAGAUGUUACGACUUUGUUUCAGAAUGGCAUCCUCUCUGGCUUUCUCUCGCUGUCAACAAGAUUUCUUCCUACUGUUAUGGACAUUUUAAGAAGACUUGCUGAUGAGGGCCAGGGACAGCCUCAUGUUCCACAAAAUCCCCAACAUCCACCACUGGACCCACUGAGCUUCAGAAGAGAUUCACAGAGGCAAGCUCAGCUCUCAAACCCCCCAGUUCCUGAUGCAUCAUCUUCAUCAUCAACCCUUUCUUCUCCUAGAAGUGGUGUUGAGUGUCCGGCAACUAACCGCAUGGUAGAUGCAGAUACUGAAGCCAGUAGCACUUCAUAAGUAAAGCAUGAUCAUCAUUCCCAGGUGCUCAUCUUGUCAUUGACAAUGUAGCAGUUACCCAACGGAAUGAUCAUGUGGUCAGGUAAAAUGACUUUUUUUUUCCUCUCAAACUAUUGAUUGUUAUGUCAAAAAACAUAUUUGUUGUGGCAAUGGGCCAAUCCAUUGACUCAGGUCAACAGCACUAUCUCUACCUUUUGAACCCUUCUCCAUCAACUGUCAUUCCUCUUUAUUCUCCCACUCCAUCCCAGACAUCAAUGAAGAGUCAUAAAUAGAUUAUUUGCUUCAUAUGCUCA